AAAUUAUCCUCAGACAUACUAAAGAAAUGUUACUGCUUGGUUUGUUAACCCUACAAGUACUCGGUUUUGUGGACUGCUACCCCAGUGGUGCUCCCACUGGUGCCUGUAAGGAUAUGAUGCCUCGACAUGCAGGAGUUGUCCCUCAGCCAUCACCAGCUCCCUACAGCAUUCUAACCAACACCAAGAGGUUUCAGCCUGGAAUGCCUGUUACAGUCACAAUUAUUGGACCACCAUACAGAGGGGUGCUUCUUGAAGCCCGAUCACAAGGUCACAAUGAUGCUUAUGGUACCUGGAAACUCCCUCCUCCUGACACCAAAUUCCUCGAGUGCUCAGGGAAUCCACAAGGUGCUAUAACUCAUGCCAACAUCAACCUGAAGGAUAACGCCACGAUCUACACCUGGAUACCACACGACACUGUGAACCCCGUGUAUUUUAUGGCUACAGUGGCUCAGCAGCGCACCAUCUACUGGCUAAAUGUGAGGUCCAAUAUUCUGACCAUUGAGAACCCAGGUGGACUUAAGCUGGCUACAGAUGCAAGUGCAGGAAUUGCUGAAGAAAAACCUCUCCUUCUCCUUGUGCUAUGCUUCUUAGUGUUAGAGAUUCUUGGGUGAACAUAAAAUAUUUCCUCCCUUGACAUUUCCUGGCUGUUUUUGUGCAUUAAAAUGAGUAGAAACAGAGUUUUGACCAUUGAUUAUUUGACCACCAAUAGCUACUUGCAGCCCUAUGUCACAUACAUCAAAUCUAUUUUGUUUCUUGUUUUGUUUUAUGAGAUUUGGUCUAAAUACAAAGUAUUAUGAAUGUCAAUUAUUAUAUCAAUAAUUAAUAGCAAACAUAGAUCUAUAAAUGUAUUUUAAAAAGAGAAGGCAGGAAAAAAAGACAGAAAUAUGGAUUUGGUAGGCUAAAUUUUGGUUUUUAUGUGUGACAUGCAAAGUCCAACUGUGGUGGUUUGUUAUUGACUUAAUUUCAUUUCAAGUAUUGAAGAACUUGUAAUGACCUGCUUUUUCCACAUGGUUUGAUCUCUAACCUAGAUUUCCUACAUGAUGGUGGACAGAAACACUAAAGAGGCUUAAACUUGCAUCACAUGUGUCUUUUGAAGCUCAACAUCCCACAUUCUCUGCAUCAUGUCACUGUAUUUCAGUAUUUUCUAUAUUUAGCUCUACUUAGUUUGUGUUAAUUGUUCUUUUAGAUUUUCCAUGCUUCUGUGAUUCCUUUAGUCAAAUGUCCUUAGUUCUUUAGCCUCGAUUGCCACUCAGCUGCCUUUCAUUCUGUUGAUAGUUCUCACCUGGUUUCAUGACACAAUCACAUCUCCACAGUAUUUAAGCUCCUUGGUUUCUUUCUCUCACUGCUGGAUCCUUUGAUGUCACCCUGAAUCCUGUGUGUUUUCCCUCAUGUUCUGUAAGUCCACCAGUUCCCAAUUAAAUAUGAUCACCACCAUG